GGUGUUACGCGGUCUCUGACCAAUGGCGAGUUGAGUUUCUACGCAAGCGCCGGUAGCUUUGAGGUACACGUGAGUGUACAUUCAAAACAAUGUGGUCAGUGUCUUUCCAAAGACGGUUUUUACACUCCUCAUCGAGUUUAAUGAAGAAGUUAAAGAGUAAAAGUCCCGCUGAGCAGCGCUGGCUCCAGCGGCAGCUCAAAGACCCGUAUGUCAAAGCUUCUCACCGGCUGAACUUCCGCUGCAGGAGCGCCUUCAAGCUGCUGGAGAUAGAUGACAAGUUUCGUCUUUUACGUCCCGGAUACAGCGUUGUGGACUGCGGAGCUGCACCCGGAGCCUGGAGCCAAGUGGCAGUGGAGAGGGUCAACUCUGCCGGGGAAGGUGAGACAGGAAGCUGAGUUCACACACAAUGGGGGAGGGAGGGGCAAAUGGUGGAAACACCAGGCAGUGUGGAGUAAAACUACAGCAAGUGUAUCGAGCAGCUCAGCAGGCUGUGAUAAGCAGGUGUUACAGGUGUUAGAAAGUAUUUGGGUCUUCGGGGUCCAGUUGUGUGACAGUGUGUUAUUUUUCAGAAGGUUACCUUGUUGCCUAAAGUUCCUGCAAUAUUACUGAGUUAUUAGAAAAUGUUCAUUUAGAUGCUGUCAUCUCUCGGGAAAGUAAUAGCACAUUUCAGGUUACCUUUGAAUAACACAGAAAAAAAUAGCUAUAUUUUUAACUAGAAUUAAACUGCAGUAGUGUAACUGCAGUUUAUAGAUAGUUAAGAAAUGAUAAUAAAUCCAAAGUGAAAAGCCACAAAGAAUUGACAUUUGCGAGUGUUUUGAGAGCUCUAACUUUACUGUCAUCAUUAGAAAAAUAAUAAAGAUAUGAAUGAAUAAACAAAUAAAAGCAAAUUUUCUACAUAAUCAAAUAGUAGUGAAAAUUAAAAUGUUUUGAAAAUUUGAACGAUUUGUAAAACAUAGGUUUUAUUCGCUCUUACUGGUGGGAAUAAAUUGCUAUUUUUAAUUAUUGGAGUUUAAUAAGAAAAUUAAAGCCCCUAAACUAUUUCACUACAAGUGGGUAGUUUUCAUAAAUUCUGGAUGAUUAAUAGCAUAGUAAUGGAAAACAGGUCAAACAAACAAACAAAAAACUGGUUAAAAAAAACAACAAAUACAAAAAAAAUUUCAGUUUUCAUAAAUUCUAGAUGAUUAAUAAGCAUAGUACUGGAAAACAGGUUAAAAAAAAGCAAACAAAACAAACAAAAAAACAACAAAACAACUACACUACACAAAGAGGCUUUAAGAGGGUAGUUGUAGAUGGAAUAAGUCAUUUAGAUUAGUCUGUUUCUGGUGUCUUAGCCAGUUCUUUUGUACACUGAGCAAACCCUUGGAAAAACUAUUUGAAUGUGCACAAAAUUCUAUAAAAACUCUUAUUACACGUCUCCAAAAGUGUAUUUAUGAUUUGAGAUUAUCAUAUAGGAUUUUUUUAUCCAUGAUCAGAACCCCCUGAGGAAUUUGUUCAGCUAAUGUUUCAUUAUAAUAUCACAUGAUAUGCAUUUACGGUUACUCAUUAGUGGGUUUGUGUUAUGUCACCACAUCUCUGUCCCAGCCUCUGAUGAAUCAAGUAUAAAGGCGGUAGCACGUCAACACAUUCACGUCCCACAGAAAUGUCCCCUCAUGCUUUUCAGAUCCAGAAUCUCCACAAGGUACAGUCAUUGGCAUUGAUCUCCUCAAUAUCCCACCUCUGGACGGCGCCCACUUCUUGUCCUGUCAUGAUGUCACAGACCCUACCACACAUGCAAAACUGCUGGAUCUGCUCCCUGGCGGUCAGGCUCACGUCAUUCUUAGCGACAUGGCACCCAACGCCAGUGGUUUUCGAGACAUGGACCAAGAGAAACUUAUCACAAUGUGUUUGACUUUGACUGAUCUGGCUGAGAGGAUUUUAAAGCCAGGGGGCUCCCUACUUUGCAAGUACUGGGAUGGGAUCCUUGCUAAUAAACUCCAGGAGAGACUCUCCAGUGUGUUUGGCAGUGUUCGGAUUUUAAAGCCAAAUGCAAGCAGAAAGGAUUCAGCUGAGAAGUAUUUUCUUGCUAGAGUCUACAGAAAACCAGGAAAAGGAUCAUAGUUGUUUUUAUUUUUCUUCAUUUGUACCAUCAAAUGAAACAGAUGUCAAACAGGUGCACUCUGUUUUUUGUUUCAGGGAACAUAAAAAGGGUGACUUUACCUUUGAUCAAAAGGUGGCACUGUUGGGGCAUCAGUAAGCAUCACAGCUGCAGGCACACACACACAUCACAUGCUGUUAGUUGGUUCAUAUUUUUUCAUCCCUGCAAACUUAACACAGUCUGCAACAGUGAAGCAGUAAUAUGUAAACGUGUGUAAAAAUCACCAGAGUGGUAUUAGUCAAAAGCCCAGUGCUGUCGUCUCUGCAGUGAUUGUUUGCCCCACAGUGUUUGUUCAGCAGUCACUAUGCUGUUUGCUUUCUUACAGAAAGCCAUUUACCAGUGCUGCUUAUGCUAAUAAUGUGCACUGCCAGCCAUGUAGAAAUAUGUAAUCACUCUGUCAUUGAGCUUAUGAAGGGAAAACCUAACACAGAAGAGUCACAUCCAGCAUGACUAAUGGGAAGUGGGAUGAUGCUGGAGCUUGGCAGCCAGCGAGCGUUGUCUUGGCUCUGCUCUCUGACAGAGGAGAGAUGUCCAUUUCCUGGGAAAUAUUCUCAGUCGCUGUAGACAGAUUUUCUCUUUAAUAUUCUCCCCAUCAGUGUGCUGAGAACUUUGGAAAGUACCAUUUAUUUUGUUUUAUUAUUUUGUUUGUCUGUGUGCUCUUUGGUUCUGAUUUGAUUCUGGUCUGACAGGAGUUUAGAUUCACUGGUAAUGAAAUAAAAGGCUGACUCUAUCAGAACUGCUCUAUAAAAUACUGUUGUGCUUACUCAGAAAUCCCUGGUGUGAUAAAGUAACAGCUUUGCUCUAUAUUUACGUAGGCUAUGUUCAGACGCCAUCUUACUGGCUCCUAUUCACUCUUCACACAUUAACUCUCAUAGGUCUACGACUAACUUGAACUUUCUUAUUUCUCUUUCACAUUUCCAUGAGUGUUUGUGACAUUAUACCAUGAAUGCAGAAAAAAAAGCAAAGGAAAAUGACAGCUAAAUGUUUUUAUUAUUGUGUUUGCAGUCAGUAAUCAGCCUUUUGUGCACCAUUUCAAGGCAACAUUAGUCACUCAAAUAAAUAAUUCUGUCACUUUUGCCAUGAGGUCUGAUGCUGAGAAAACAUUGAAAAGGAUUGCAUGAAUAAAGGACAAGUAAACAAAAUUCAGCUAGAGUAAACUCCUGCUGAAUAAUUCAAAUGUUUCGCAUUGAACCGCUUAAUUUGUGUAGUUUAUCAGCAAGCUAAGCUGCUAGCAACACAGCAGUAUUUACCGGUAAAUAUUCCAAAAAAACUGUAGCGAGGAAGUUGUGUUCACUCGUCUGUCUUUUGAGAGGAUUUCAUUAGCAGCACUUUCUCUGCAAAUGAUUAAUAUUAAUGUCAUUUUCUGUUUGGUUUGCCCGCCAUGAAAGUCUGUGAUUAUCCUGGAAAAAUUUGCUGUGCCAACGGCUUAUUUUGAGAUAUUGACAGUUUAUGGACCGAACCAUCUGGAUGUGUUGAGGGAAAAGACUGAGGAACUGUUUCACGAUGACUUAAUAAACAAUUACAAUCAGUCAACUUUUAGUUCUGUUGUUCCCCCCUCACUUUAUGGCUUUUGCCAUCCACAGGCCAGACAUGCAACAGGUUGAGGACUUGUGUUUCAUGAAUGCUGUGCUUGAUGCUCGAGACAGAUUAUGAAUAAAUGUAAUUCUUGUGUUGAAGAAGUGCUGUUUGGAAAAAAAAGUGGUGCCCACAUGAUACAAAAAUACCCACUAAAUGACUUUUUUCAGUCUGAGUAUGUUCAUUUUGACUGUUUAAUCAUUUAAUAACUGCAAAAUCUGUGCUGCUGGCAGAAAAACCUUUUUCCAAUUACUGACGCAGUAUCAUUGAUAAUGAAAACAGAUGAUCCCUAAAUUGACAUUUGAAGUCUGAUCAUUGAACAAAAUGAAAAUUAGAAGCCUUAUCUCGACUGGAUUUGCAUUUACGGUUGCAAAGGAAGAGAUGGCUCCCAUGAAUAAAUGAAU